AGAUUUGUAACGAAACAAUACGGCACGCGCUGCUUGUUCUAUGCUGAAGGAAAAAAACUCAGUAAAAAACGAAAAUUAUAAUUAAAUCAAAUUUUGCGGCCAAAGUGAAACGAACUAUAAAAUUUCUUGAAAACAAAACAAAAAACUUUACAAAAUGAACAGAGAAUUCUUUCUUUCGAAAGGCGCUGGCCGCUGGAUUUUGUGGUCUAUAACGUUGAUAUUCAUCACAGCCUUGUGCACGUUUACAAUUUUGGAGGUGAAAUCAUUGGAGGACGAGGAACCCUCUGUGAUACGCAUUAUUCUCAAUACCAUAACACAGAGAAGUGCCAAGACAAAUGGAACCUAUUUGCCAACAAAUAACCAAUUUGUUUUGGUUAAUGUGGAAAAUUUACAGGAGAACCAAGAGGAGCUGGUGAAGGCCAUUGUAACAGAAAUUGAAGAGCACCCAACGGGGGAAUUAGAAAGAAAAGUUCGCGAUGCUGUGGAAAGCACAACAACAGCAAAUGUGAAUAUAAAGAACAACUCAUACUAUGAGGAACAAACACCUGUUGUCGUAUACUCCAAGACGGAUGAAGUGGCUCCCUUAUCCUACAGGCAAUCUGCUACCGGGCCAUAUCAACAGGGUUCUCACGAAGAGCAGCCGUAUUAUGAUGACUCGAUGCAUGGUGACUAUUCUAAUGAUGAUAAUGGUUAUUAUAGACCCCAGUAUGAUGAUGACUCUAGAGAAGAUUUUCCCGGACCUCAAGAUUAUGCAAAUGAUCCAUAUCGAGAUGAGGGUAGAGCUUCACAAAAUCGACAAUACGAUAGCUAUUACAGGCAAUGGCAUUAUGCCACACCAUCGCCGGUGUUAUCGGCAUCUGGCAAUAAUUUAAAGCCUGCACAGAGUUCAGAGGCAAAUCGUAAAUUGCAAAGUAUGACAUCGGCAUCGGUUGGAGGCAAGCAAAGAGAUCCAUAUCCCAGCUAUGCCGAUGACGAUUAUGAUUACUAUGGCUAUCGCCAACGAUCACCUCAAUAUCAUCGUCAGCAACAAAUGCAAAGUUAUCAUCCUCCACCCCCCUCCGCCAACACUGCUGUACAAAAGCAAAAAGAAGAAGGCAGUGAAAUGAAUUUCAUCACCAUUUUGAAAACAAUCAAGGCUAUGUGGGAUUUGUAUCAGUCAUUCAUUUCAGCAUGGAAUUCCAUGGCCGAGCAUCAUAAUAGACAGGAGGAAUUGAAUAAACAAAAAUUUCAAGAACAGCAGCAAAAGUUAAGAAUCAAUUCAAAGAAACCGCAAAAGAUUGAGAAUAGAAAGAAACCAGAAAAUGCCAACAAAAAUCCCAAGACAAAUUCCAAACAAACGACAACCAAAGGACCUUCAACAAAGCUCAGCACAACAACAUUAGCUAAGGUUGAAUCCUCCAACGAAGAUGAAGCAGAAAAUCAAGAAGCCACACUGAAGGUGAAACAAAUGAAUAAGGCUAAAGUUGAGCCACGUAAGGCAUCAAAGGGUGAAAAGCUGGCGAUCACUGAAGCGGAAGGCCUACGAACUAAAAGGCAGACACCCAAUGCGUCCACAGAUGUGGGUGAAGGUCGUUACAUCAAAGGUGAUCCUUUGAAGGGAUACUACGAUUUUGUCAUUACUGAGGGUUCAUAUAAAUUCUGGGCCGUAUUUCAGGUUGGCACGGCUUUAUUGAUUAUUUAUUCAACAUUUGCUGCUAUUUACUAUUCAAAAGUAAAUCCUCUUGUAAGUGAUUACGAUUACACGGAUUACUUGGGGGGUGCACGCUCCUUAUCUGGAGGCGAUCUGGAUUUCGUUGACGAUGAGACGGCUGAAAACGGUGUAAAGCAAUCGAAAGGAUGGCUCGAUUGGUUGCCACGAACAGGUCAUUCACUGAAGUUCAUUCUGGAUGCCAUAGAUAAGCUGCCGGUGGAUCAUGAUGUCAUCGCCGAGGAAGCCAAUGGCGGUGGCAAUGUCGAAGAAUGGUUGGAUAAUACAACGGUCAAAGAGGAAUCAGAUGAAAGCCCGAACAACAAGGCCAUGUAAAUUGAAUAAACGUUUAUGACAUGAGAACAAGAAAAAAAAAAAUGAAAAAGAAAUCCGAAUGAAA